UUGUUGCCACUGCCACUCAACAUACUCAUAGCGCCACUUUCUGGAGUUAAAAAGAGAGGCAGAGGAAAAACCAGAAUCUCAUCAUUAUAUGAUAUAACUUCUUCACAACCUUUGCGGCUUUGCUCCGCCGUCCCCGCCACCGCCGAUAUAUUUUAUUCUAUUCGUUCAUCUGGAUUACGGCGACUUCCGGAAUCGAAUUUGUUAUCGUUCCUAUUUCUUCGGCUUCUUUUGCGAAGCAGAGUUAUAAAUUCGUCGACAAUUCGAAGUUGAAUUCUCUAACAUGGCGGUAUUUGGAAUAUCGUAUUCUGUGGAAUUCGGGAAUGAAGUAGUUUUGGGGAAGAUUUGGAGUCAGGGGGUGGCUUUCGGCUGCAGAAGCUUUAGAAAUGUGGUGAAGGAAGUUGCAUAUCCGAUAUCGGAUCGAAAAGGUAUUGGAAGAUGCAUAGCUGUAAAAAGGAAAAAUAAGUUCUCGGUGGUGAUGAAUUUUUCGAAGUCGCAUUUGGAUUCAGACGCUCCGGCAGCUGCUAUUACUGUCUCGAAGGAAAAGGAUGAACCCAUUAGAGGAAAGGAUUUUAGAAGUUUGGAGAUAUCAGAAGUGGACAUUGAUAAACAUGACGGAGAUUUAAUUGAUGGCAACGGUGGUAAUGGAACUUAUAAUAAUGGUGGAGGUGGAGGUGGAGGUGGAGGUGGCGGUGGCGGUGGUGGGGAUGACAGCAGGGGAGACAAAGAAGAAGAGGAAUUUGGUCCAAUUAUGAAAUUUGAAGAGGUGAUGAAAGAGGUGGAAUCACGAGGGGUGACUCUUCCUUCUGAUAUGUUAGAGGCAGCCAAGAGCGAGGGAAUUCGCAAGUUGCUGCUGCUUAGAUAUUUGGAGAUGCAGGGUUUAGGCUGGCCUCUUGGCUUUUUGAUGAGAUCCUGCGGUAUGAUUCGAAACCGGGUUCUGGCUGAUCCAUCAUUUUUCUUCAAAGUUGGCGUGGAGUUAGUUAUUGAUUCUUGCUGUGCUACUUUUGCGGAAGUUCAAAAGAGAGGCAAAGAUUUCUGGACAGAAUUUGAGCUUUAUCUUGCUGAUAUUUUGGUUGGCGUGGCAGUUAACUUUGCUUUGGUUGCCCUGUUGGCACCUUAUGCUCGUUUUGGGCAACCAUCUGUGUCAAAAGGUUUCCUCGGACGUAUUCAUCAUGCUUGUGAAGCACUACCUAGCAGUGUUUUUGAAGCUGAACGACCAGGAUGUAGAUUUUCUGUACAACAAAGAAUUGCAACAUUUUUCUAUAAGGGACUCAUGUAUGGCGUAGUAGGAUUUGGAUGUGGUAUACUCGGCCAAGGCAUUGCAAAUUUAAUAAUGACCGCGAAAAGGAGCAUAAAGAAAUCUGAAGAUGAAGUACCAGUGCCACCUCUCUUUAAGAGCGCCGCACUUUGGGGUGUUUUCCUCGCAGUAUCUUCAAACACACGUUACCAGAUCAUCAAUGGACUAGAACGUCUAGUCGAAUCAUCACCAUUAGCAAAGAAUAUUCCAGCAGUUGCUUUGGCUUUCACAGUUGGUAUUCGAUUUGGCAAUAACGUGUAUGCUGGAAUGCAAUUUAUCGACUGGGCUAGAUGGAGUGGAGUGCAGUAAGAAUAUCAGAUACAGAUACCAUUUAAGUCUCCUAGGAGUCAAGAAAAGUGUUCAUAGGAAAACAAAAGGUGCCAUACUCUAAUCGCCUAUAAUCUCAAUUCAUUACAACCAUUCCCCCAACCCCCACAGGUGUAACUUAAGAUUUGACGUUUACUGUAAUAUUUCCGCAAAACUACUGUAAAAUUAAUAUCUUGCAGUAAUAAAAAGGUUAACAAAAUUCACGAAUGACCUA